AUGUUAGAGUAAAAGUAUUCAAGCAUAAAUCUAGAAAAUGUAAUAUCAAGUUUAAAAAUAAGUCAACUAAUAUUACAACUGAUAUUUUUUUUCAAUAAAAUACAUCCAUUUAAAAUAUUUUAAUAAGAAUUAAUUUAAUCAGAGGCUUUUAAUUCAAUAAUUGGAAGAUUAAAUGGGUUAGUAAAUUCAAUGAGCUUUCUGAUAAUCUAACAACCUUUCAUUUUUUUUAGAAUGGCUGAGUCAUUAUUAAUUUUCUCGUUUGCAAGAUUCUACGAUAAUAUUUCAAUCAAAUUUACUAAGCGCUUAACCUAAAUUUAACUUCAAAUUACAAGAGAAAAUUCUGAAAAUAUUACACUAAAAAUCCAAAAGAAAACCUUUUAAUUUCAUUUAGCCAAUUAAAAUCAAUUAAAUUUUGGUGAUUAAUAUAUUUUUAGAAGAAUUAACUAGAUCUUUUUUAUUUUCUGA